AUGUUCACUCGUCGCGCCCCGUCUUCCGUGCUCUCGGCCGUCCGUCGCCGCAGCUUCGCCUCGACACCCGAGUACGAGCACAUUCGGACGGAGAUCCGCGAUAACGUCGCGCUCAUUACGCUCCACCGGCCGCACGCGCUCAACGCGCUGUGCAACGCGUUGUUCCAGGAGCUCAACGGCGCGGCCCACGCGUUCGACGCGGACGACCGCAUCGGCGCUAUUGUCAUCACGGGCAGCGCCAAAGCGUUCGCGGCCGGCGCCGACAUUAAGGAAAUGGCGCCCCGGACGUUCGUCGACGUCUACCGCAGCAACAUGUUGGCCGACUGGGGCGACCUCGCGACCGUCUCGAAGCCCGUGAUCGCGGCCGUGAACGGCUACGCGCUGGGCGGCGGCUGCGAGCUCGCGAUGCUGUGCGACCUCAUCAUCGCCGGCGACUCGGCCAAGUUCGGGCAGCCCGAGAUCACGCUCGGGACGAUCCCGGGCGGCGGCGGCACGCAGCGCCUCGUGCGGGCCGUGGGCAAGGCCAAAGCCAUGGACAUGAUCUUGACGGGCCGCCUGAUUGACGCGCAGCAGGCCGAGCGCGACGGCCUCGUGGCGCGGGUCGUGCCGGCCGACCAGCUGCUGGACAAGGCGCUCGAGCUGGCGAAGCAGAUCGCCGGCUUCUCGCAGCCCGUGGUCAAGAUGGCCAAAGAGGCCGUGAACGCCGCGCACGAGCAGUCGCUGCAGGAAGGCAUCAAGUUUGAGAGCCGCCUGUUCUGGAGCUCGUUUGCGACCAAGGACCAGAAAGAGGGCAUGGCGGCGUUUGUCGAGAAGCGCACGCCCGAGUUUACCAACGAGUGA